AUGCUGAAACAUAUCCUCCUCGUCUCGACCAUCCUUGGCGCUACCCUCGCCACUCCCGUCGCCGAGCCCGAGUCGGCCACCGAUCUCGAGAAGCGCUGCACCCCCGCGGGCCAAUUUUGCAACCGGGGCGUGCCGUGCUGUAGCGGGGCCUAUUGCGGCACCAACGGGCUCUGCUCGCGGUGCAUCCCGCCGGGCCAGUUCUGCACCGGCGGUGUGCCGUGCUGUAGCGGAGCCUACUGCGGCACCAACGGGCUCUGCUCGUCGUGUAUCCCACCGGGCCAGUUCUGCACCGGCGGCGUGCCGUGCUGCAGCGGAGCCUACUGCGGAAACAACGGACUCUGCUCGCGGUGCAUCCCGCGCGGCCAAUUCUGUAACCGGGGCGUGCCGUGCUGUGCCGGUUCGUGGUGCGGCACCAACGGGUUGUGCAGUUGA